AAAUAAAUAAAAAUAACAAUUAGGUUUUAGAGUGCUUCAUGUUUCGCCAAACAUGCUUUAAAACUAAGAGUUAGCUGCUAGCGUUGCAUUAGGAAGCGAUGGCAGCUAAAACGGAGAAAACGUUCGAGUUUGUCGUCGUUGGAGGAGGCAUUGCGGGUGUGACAUGUGUGGAGCAGUUGUCAUCCGAGCUCCCGUCAGCAGACGUGGCUCUGAUUACAGCAGGCCUUCACAUCAAGGCUGUGACUAACUACAAACAGGUGUCUAAAACCCUGGAGGAAUUUGAUGUGGAGGAGAAACCGACCAGCGUCCUGGAAGAGAAGUUUCCCAACCUGACUAUCAUCCAGUCUGCUGUUAAAUCCCUCCACACUCAUUCACACUGUGUAGAAACGGUGGAUGGUCGUGUUUUUGCUUAUAAAAAGCUGUGUUUGUGCAGCGGAGCCAGACCGAAGCUCCUUACCCCAGACAACCCUUACGUGUUGGGCAUCCGUGACACAGAMAGCGCCCAGGAGUUUCAGAAGCGAUUGUCCAAAGCAAAGAGAAUUGUUGUUGUAGGAAACGGAGGGAUCGCCUUGGAAUUGGUGUAUGAAGUGGAGGGGUGUGAGGUGGUCUGGGCGGUGAAGGACAAGGCCAUCGGAAACACCUUCUUCGACGCGGGAGCGGCGCAGUUCCUCGUCCCGUCGCUGGAGGCCGACAAGGCGAAGGCGGCCGCUCCUUGUCGGAGACCUCGCUACACCACGGAACGAGCCGCGGCUCAGACCUUCACUGCAGAUAGGAAGUCCGGCGGGCAGAGUUCUGGUUCCGUAGGACCCGGCAGCGCUCUCGGUCCAGACUGGCAUCGGGGCGUAGAGCUCCGAGGAGCCGCGCAGGCGCCUCGCAGAGUUUCAGUCGAGUAUCAGUGUGAGGUGGAGGAGAUUUUCAGCUCCGAGGAGCUGCUGCGGUCCCCACGACCAGAGCUAAAACCCGAGACCGAGGGAUCCUGGCCCGUUUACGUCCAGCUCACCAACGGCAAGACAUUCGGCUGCGAUUUUGUCGUCAGCGCCACCGGCGUGGUGCCGAACACCGAGCCGUUUCUCCGCAGCAACAACUUCUCGGUGGCGCAGGACGGAGGCCURCAGGUGGACGAUCACAUGAGGACGUCUGAGCCAGACGUGUACGCAGCGGGAGACGUGUGCACUGCAUGCUGGGAGCACAGCCCUCUGUGGCACCAGAUGCGUUUGUGGACUCAGGCCCGUCAGAUGGGUUGGUACGCGGGCCGCUGCCUGGCGGCCGACGUCCUCUCAGAACCCGUCGAGCUGGACUUCUGCUUCGAGCUCUUCUCGCACGUGACCAAGUUCUUCAACUACAAGGUGGUCCUGCUGGGGAAGUUUAACGCUCAGGGUCUGAGGUCCGAUCACGAGCUGCUGGUCCGCUGCACCAAAGGCCAGGAGUACGUCAAGGUGGUCCUCAGCGGAGGCAGGAUGGUGGGCGCCGUGCUGAUCGGAGAUACAGACCUGGAGGAGACCUUCGAGAACCUGAUCCUGAACCGGAUGGACCUGAGUCCGUACGGAGUGGAGCUGCUCAACCCCGACGUGGACAUCGAGGACUACUUUGAUUAAGUACAGAAGAUGAAACGCAUCGUUUGAACUUACUGAAGCUUAUUUUUUUUCAGAAGAGAGAAAACAUGUGCUGCUUUUUAUUAAAAAUAAAUUAUUUUUAUAACAACUUGYUGCUGGAAUGAAGCAAAUCAA